GCAGUCGAGAUUAAAGCAUGUGAUCCUGUCUUCAUUGUAGAGGCCUAUCCAAGCUUUCCAAUCUACAAUAAUUGUAGAUAACACGAAGCUGCGAAAAUGGCGGACGAACAGGUGAGUUACCGAUCAAAAUAAUGUGCAAACCUCAAAAUGCGUCGGAGUUGAUUUACGAUGAAGUGAUUACGAAAAUCGUGUGUAUACAACCGAAAAACUCAAGUGUAAUAAAUAAUAUGUUUAUGCAUCCUAAAUAAAUGAAAUCAUACUUGAUCAAGUAUAAAAUGAACACUAUCUGCAACAAAUGAUCAAAUCUAUCCAAGAAUUUGAAAGUGAAGCGAUGGUUUUGAACUUUAAAGACUUAAAAUACCUAAAUGGAAAUAUUGAAACCUAUGAGUUGUGUCACUAAGAAUGGAUCAAAUACAGGAAGUACGGCAGCUGGAAUUGCUAUGUAAGCAGUUGUAUGAAUCACAAGAUUCCGCGCUGCGUGCAGAGGCUGAGAAAGCACUAGUUGCAUUUCAAAAUGCGCCAGAUACACUUGCGAAAUGCCAGCUCCUACUUGAUCGUGGAGAUUCUGCAUAUGCUCAACUAUUGGCAGCCACCACUUUGACAAAAUUGGCGUCCCGUUCAGCGGGGCUUAGUUUACAACAAAGGAUCGACAUACGAAAUUACAUUCUCAAUUACUUGGCAACGCAACCAAAGUUACCGAACUUUGUGAUACAAGCACUGGUGACAUUAUUCGCCAGGAUAUCAAAGUUCGGUUGGUUCGACGUUGAUAAGGAUGAAUACGUUUUUAGAAAUGUGGUCAACGAUGUAACGGAGUUUCUACAGGGAUCAGUGGAACACUUUAUGAUUGGAGUUCAAUUACUUUCCCAACUGACGUGCGAAAUGAAUCAAAUAUCAGAUGCAGAUGCAAAUAGAUCGAUUACGAAACACAGAAAGAUUGCCAGUCACUUUAGAGAUACCCAGCUUUUUGAAAUCUUUAGGUUAUCGUGUAAUUUAUUAAGUACAGCGCGUGAGAAUUGUAAAAAUUUAAAUUUCAACGACGAAGCACAGCAUGGUUUGAUCAAGCAACUUUUGAAGCUUGCACAAAAUUGUUUGACAUUCGACUUUAUUGGAACGUCGACAGACGAGAGUUCCGAUGAUCUUAGUACAGUACAAAUUCCGACAUGCUGGAGACCCGCAUUUUUGGAUUUCACAUCAUUGAAACUUUUCUUCGAUUUAUACCAUAGUUUGCCUAAUACGCUGUCAUCCUUGGCUCUCUCGUGUUUGGUACAAAUGGCAUCUGUCAGAAGGAGCUUAUUUUCGAACCCGGAGAGGGCACAGUUUCUAACACAUUUAGUUAGCGGCAUAAAACACAUAUUACAAAACCCGCAAGGUCUGAGCGAUCCAGAGAACUACCAUGAAUUUUGUAGACUGUUGUCACGGCUAAAAAGCAAUUUCCAACUUGGGGAGCUGGUCUUGGUCAAGGAUUAUCCGGAAGCUAUACAGUUGAUCGCAAAGUUUACGAUUCAGAGUUUGCAGAUGUGGCAAUUCGCACCAAACAGUUUGCAUUAUCUCUUAACUUUAUGGCAGAGGAUGGUGUCAUCGAUGCCUUAUGUGAAAGCAGGAGAUCCGCAUUUGCUGAAUACGUAUACUCCUGAAAUUGUGAAUGCGUACAUCACUUCGAGACUCGAAUCGGUCGCGGUAGUAGUCAGGGAACGUUUGGAGGACCCGCUCGAUGAUUUAGGAAUAGUUCACCAGCAGUUGGAACAGAUAUCUGUAAUCGUAAGAUGCGAGUAUCAAAAGACGUGUACUCUGUUAGUACAGCUUUUUGAUCAGGCUGCUAGAACGUAUCAAGAAUUAAUGACGCAGACAGCAUCACCGACACAACAAAUGGAUAUUACUAUACAAGAGGGCCAGCUAACUUGGCUUGUAUAUAUCAUAGGUGGUGUCAUUGGUGGGAAAAUAACGUUUAAUAGCAAUGAAGAGUACGAUGCGAUGGAUGGUGAACUGGUUUGUAGAGUUCUCCAACUGAUGAAUUUAACUGAUUCAAGACUUGCGCAAGGUGGCUGUGAAAAAUUGGAGUUGGCUAUGUUGAGCUUUUUCGAACAGUUUCGUAAGAUAUAUGUAGGUGAUCAAGUUCAAAAAAAUUCUAAAGUAUACAGAAGACUGUCGGACGUCUUGGGAGUUAACGACGAAUCCAUGGUACUUGGUAUUCUUAUUCGAAAGAUCAUAACAAAUCUAAAGUAUUGGGGUCGUAGCGAACAAAUUAUUUCAAAGACAUUACAAUUAUUAAAUGAUUUAUCUGUGGGUUAUAGUUGCGUUCGUAAACUUGUCAAGUUGGAAGAGGUGCAGUUUAUGCUCAAUAAUCACACAAGAGAGCAUUUUCCAUUUUUGGGAAACAAUGUUGCUGUAAGAGAAAUGCGUUGUCGGUCAAUGUUUUACACGUCACUGGGUAGAUUACUAAUGGUAGAUCUAGGAGAAGACGAGGAAAGGUUUCAUACUUUUAUGUUACCUUUAACAAAUGCAUUUGAAAGUUUGGGACAGUUAAUUAGUCAGAGUGAUCCUUCACUUUUCGCUGCAGAGGAAGCAAAAAAAGCAUUAAUUGGUUUAGCAAGAGAUUUAAGAGGCUUGGCUUAUGCGUUCAAUACGAAAACGUCAUACAUGAUGUUAUUUGACUGGAUAUAUCCUAAUUACACACCAAUUUUAUUGCAUGCCGUGGAAUUGUGGCAUUACGAGCCACAAGUUACUACGCCCGUCCUAAAAUUGUUUGCUGAAUUAGUACAAAAUAGGAGUCAACGAUUACAGUUCGAUGCAUCUUCUCCGAAUGGAAUCCUAUUAUUUCGCGAAGCUAGUAAAGUAAUAUGUAGUUAUGGUAAUCGUAUACUGAAUGUCGAAGUUCUAAAGGAUCAAAUAUAUCCCUUAAAACUUAAAGGAAUAAGCAUAUGCUUUAGUAUGUUAAAAGCAGCUUUGUGUGGAAAUUAUGUAAAUUUUGGCGUGUUCAGACUGUACGGUGAUGAAGCAUUGGAUAACGCGCUUAAUACAUUUGUAAAAUUACUUCUUAGUAUACCACAGAGCGAUUUAUUGGACUAUCCAAAAUUGUCAACCACGUACUUUGUGCUACUUGAAUGUCUGGCUCAAGAUCACAUGGUGUUCCUAUCUACUUUGGAACCUAGAGUUUUCUUGUACAUUUUGUCGAGCAUCAGCGAGGGCCUUACGGCACUAGGUGCGCAAAAAGACUCCUAUACAGAUACAAUGGUCUGUACCGGCUGUUGUGCAACACUUGACUAUAUUGUGACUUACUUGUUCAAGCAGCUAUAUCAAAAAGGGGGAUAUACAGGAAGGAAAAAUACCGUAGUUCCAGGAGGCGGAGAUUUAUUCUUACAAGUUUUAAAACAACACCCCGAGAUUCUUCAGCAGAUGUUAAGCACGGUCUUAAAUGUGAUAAUGUUUGAAGAUUGUAGGAAUCAGUGGAGUAUGUCACGACCUCUUUUGGGAUUAAUUCUUUUAAACGAAGAAUACUUUAAUCAAUUACGAGAAAACAUUAUUAGAAGUCAACCAGUCGAAAAACAAGCAACAAUGGCACAGUGGUUUGAAAAUUUGAUGGAAGGGAUUGAAAGGAAUUUACUUACGAAAAAUAGAGAUAGAUUUACACAAAAUUUAUCAUUGUUUAGAAGAGAUAUAAAUGAUACCUUGAAAGGACCUAAUACAACUGCAAACCCUAUUGGUGAUAUGAUGACUUUAACUUUCAAUUAGAUUUCUCUUAGGUUCUUGCCUGCCAAAUGCUUGAAUGUGUGCGCGAGUGAAACUAUAAAUUAUGGUGAAUUUCAAAUUAUGAUUUCAAUUGAGUAUAAAGAUAAUAAAUUAAGUAACUGUUGGUUUACAGGAGAAUUAUUGUUUGGCUUCCUAUUCUAUUGUAACUUUAACCGUUUUUCAAACAUUUCUCAAGUACAACAGUUCAAGUUAAAACAGAACUUAAAUUUUCUAAUAUGUAGUGUACUUAUGUACACACUUUAUCUCGAACUCGUAGUUAGAAAAAACAAAUCCUCUUUAUUACUUUUAUACUCCUAUCUUUAAUAUAAUCUAGAAAUCUGAAUAUUCCUUGCACGUAAAUUAAGAAACAGGGAUUAGCAAUAAAUAUGUUAAUGUUCUAAUUCUACAAUUACUGCAUACCAACAUUUUUAAGACAAAUUUUAAGUUCUUAGGAUCUUCACUGUUAAUCUUCAUGUUGUAAAGAUACAGCUCAGAAUAGGAAGCCAAUUGUGUAAACUUCAAUCACACAUUUUGUUCCGUGUUAAUUUUACACGCAAUCAGCUUCCAUUUAUUUAGUUGUACUCGUUACUCAAUUAUUUUCAUUACAAAAUACAACUCACAAUUAAAUGAUGUUACUAUAUCGUCAAAAGGAACGUUACAUUAAUAAUGCACAAAUUCGCAUUCCAAACUAAAUUUCUGAGUCAUUUUAAACUAAUUUUUAUAUAUGCAUGAUCAUUUUAAAUCUAAAGAGAAAUUAUUCCCUUCCGUUUUUCUUCAACUAUAAUUUUAGUCCUUACCCAAGUGUUAAAAUUAAAAGUUCUAUUACGUAUUCGAAUAAAAAUAAGAUGUAUAUCCGCGGUUCGCGUUCAAAAUUCUUUUCUUACAAUUAUCAAUAUGUUUAAAACAUAAUUGUAGCACCGUAUCGAUAUUGGAUAUGUAAAUUUCUCUCCCUUUUCGUUUGUACAACAACCAUUUGUAUCUUUGAACUGUGAAAAUCCAAAUGUAUGAAGAAUGCGUGUAAAAAAAUUCGUGUGAGAUUUAUGUAACAUUUAGUCUGUACUCUGUACACAGUUAAUAAUAAUUUACUAGAAGUUACAUUGAA